CGGCGGGUUUAGCCAGAUAUUCAGAUAAAGAAGCAAGCAGGAGGAGGAGGCUUUCUAAGGCGGUGGUUCCGGGAAAUCGAGGCCCUAGGAUUGUUCACUUAUCUCAAUAUUAACAAGAUAUUUGUGAGAGAAGAGUCAGCGACUACGGGUUUGCUGAGAGACCAGAAAGCAAUGGAAACCAGAGAGAGAAAGGAACUCCUUCUGGAACAAAGGCAAGUCCUGAUAUUCUUUGUCUUGCUGGGCAUGACUCUGGCUGGUUCUGAGAGUAGGCGCUAUUCGGUGGCUGAGGAAAUGGAGAGUGGCUUUUUUGUGGCCAAUUUAUUAAAAGACUUGGGGCUGGAAGUAGAUGAACUGAUUGUGCGGGGUCCCCGGAUUGUAUCCAAAGGGAAAAAACUGAGUUUACAGUUUGAUAGGCAGACAGGGGAUUUAUUUUUAAAUGAGAAGCUGGACCGAGAGGAGUUAUGUGGUUCUACAGAGCCCUGUGUAUUACCUUUCCAGGUGUUAUUGGAAAAUCCCUUGCAGUUUUUUCAGGCUGAGCUACAGAUUAGGGACAUAAAUGAUCAUUUUCCAGUCUUCCUAGACAAAGAAAUAUUUUUGAAAAUUUCAGAAAGUACCACACCCGGAACCACUUUCCUAAUAGAACGUGCCCAGGACUUAGAUGUAGGAAGCAAUAGUCUCCAAAAUUACACAAUCAGCCCCAAUUUCUACUUUCAUCUUACAAUACAAGACAGUACUGAUGGCAUAUUACCACAACUGGUGUUGGAUAAAGCACUGGAUCGAGAGGAACAGCCUGAACUCACGUUAACUCUUACAGCGCUGGAUGGCGGUACUCCACCAAGGUCUGGUACUGCCCUGGUCCUCAUUGAAAUCUUGGACAUCAAUGACAAUGCCCCUGAGUUUACAAAAGUACUCUAUGAGGUGCGGGUUCCAGAAAACAGCCCCAUUGGAUCCCACGUUGCUACUGUCUCUGCCAGGGAUUUAGAUAUUGGAGUUUACGGACAAAUAUCUUAUGCAUUUUUCCAAGCCUCUGAAGAUAUUCGCAAAACCUUUCAAAUAAAUGCAAAAUCGGGAGAACUCCUUUUAACACAAAAGCUGGAUUUUGAAUCAGUUCAGAUUUACACUAUAAAUAUUCAGGCAACAGAUGGUGGGGGCCUUUCUGCAAGUUCUGUGGUUCUUAUCCAAGUGAUAGACUUGAAUGACAACUCUCCAGAACUGACCAUGUCCACACUUAUCAAUCAAAUACCAGAAAACUUGCAGGAAACCAUAAUUGCCAUAUUCAGUGUUUCAGAUUCUGACUCUGGAGACAACGGAAGAAUAGUGUGCUCUAUCCCAGAUGAUCUUCCUUUCUUCCUGAAACCGUCUGUAGAGAACUUUUACACUCUGGUGACAAACACAGCCCUGGACAGGGAGACCAGGUCUGAGUAUAAUGUCACCAUCACUGUUAGUGACAUGGGGACACCCAGACUGAAAACUGAGCACAGCAUAAUAAUCCUCGUUUCUGACGUCAAUGACAAUGCCCCUGCUUUCUCCCAAAAGUCAUACACGCUGUUGGUGCACGAGAACAACCAGCCCGCUCUGCACAUAGGCAGUGUCAACGCCACAGACAGAGACUCAGGCACCAACGCCCAGAUCACCUACUCCCUGCUUCCAACCCAGGACCUGCACCUGCCCCUCGCCUCGCUGGUCUCUAUCAACGCAGACAAUGGGCAGCUGUUCGCGCUGAGGGCGCUGGACUUCGAGGCCCUGCAGGCAUUCGAGUUCCGCGUGGGCGCCACAGACCAAGGCUCUCCCGCGCUCAGCAGCCAGGCGCUGGUGCGAGUGGUGGUGCUGGACGACAAUGACAACUCGCCCUUCGUGCUGUACCCAAUGCAGAACGCCUCUGCGCCCUGCACCGAGCUGGUACCCAGGGCGGCAGAGCAGGGCUACCUGGUCACCAAGGUGGUGGCAGUGGAUGGAGACUCGGGCCAGAACGCCUGGCUGUCAUACCAGCUGCUCAAGGCCACGGAGCCAGGGCUGUUUGGCGUGUGGGCGCACAAUGGCGAGGUGCGCACCUCCAGGCUGCUGAGUGAGCGCGACGCGGCCAGGCACAGGCUGGUGGUGCUGGUCAAGGACAAUGGCGAGCCUCCGCUGUCUGCCAGCGUCACGCUGCACGUGCUGCUGGUGGAUGGCUUCUCCCAGCCCUACCUGCCGCUCCCUGAAGUGGCGCCCGAGCGUGCGCAGGGGGACUCGCUCACUGUCUACUUGGUCAUCGCCUUGGCUUCGGUGUCAUCUCUCUUCCUCUUCUCUGUGCUGGUGUUCGUGAUUGUGAGGCUGUGCAGGAGGCGCAGGGCGGUGCCGCUGAGUGUCUGUUCUAUGCCCGAGGGCCACUUUCCGGGUCACCUGGUGGAUGUUAGUGGCAGGGGUACCCUGUCUCAGAGCUACCAAUAUGAAGUGUGUUUGAUGGGCGGCUCUGGCACCAGCGAGUUCAAAGUUCCUAAGCCCAUUAUCCCCAAUUUCCUUGCGCGAGGUGUGGAGACAGGAAGUGACGAAAAUCCCAGUUUCAGGAAUAAUUUUGAAUUCAGUUAAAUAUCAAGAAGGAUCCACUGAGUCUGGUCUCAAUUUGUACAAAGUUCUGUUUUUAUUGCUUUGCCCAUUUAUGCAUCUCCUCUCUUCUGCUCUCCUAUCUUCCCAUCCCCUCCCCUCCCCAAUCCUCCCUCUCCUCUUUUCUUCUUUCCUUCCUCCUCCUCCUCCUCUUCUCUCAAGUAUCUAUUCCAAUGCUGUGCACAUUACUGAUAUUUCUAAAUAUAUGGUCUUGUGGUAUGAUUAAUGUAAAUUUUCUUUGUAUUCCUUUUUAAAAAUUAGUCUAACAACUUAGAUUUAAAGUGUGAAAUAAAUUUUGUAUUUUUAGAAAUCCUUAAUUUUUAAGUUAAAGCACCUUACCCCAAACUCACAUCCCCAGAAAACUCAUAUGCUCCUAAUUUUGAAGUCCUAUAUUUAAAAUAUUUGCUAUCAUUACACAGGAUAAAAUUUUCCCAUCUGGAAUAUUUUGGGGUUUUAUAUCCUCUUCCCCCAAUGUAACUUUUAUUUUGUGAACUUACAGUGGCUAAACCAUUAAUAUGGGUUUAUUCAUAAAUAAAUUGCACCCUCCAUGAAUUUAUCUAAAUAUGUACUUCUUUAAAAUAUUGACAUGUAAAAAAUAUUAUUCUUUAGCGAGAAGCCUAACUGUUGGAUUCUACAAAAUAUUCACAUUACAAAUUAUAAAUUUUUGUCAAAAAUCACUCAGCUGGGCAGUAACCUAUUGCCAGAAAAUUGUAAGCUUAAUGCCAGCCUUGGUCACUUAGACCCUGCCUCAAAAUAAUACAAACAAUGGAGAUGUAGCUAAGUGCUAUAACAUUGUGGGCUCAAUCACCAGUAGGAAAAUCACUCAUAUUCUAAAAUAAUUUAAAAUUUAAGUUCUACUAUUUAACUAAUAGUAUCUAUCCAGUGAUUUUCAAAGACAUGCCAAUUUUUCAUGUUUUCUAUUUAAAAUAGUCUUUAAAAUUCUCUGCUUAUUCUAAUCCCCCCUUUUAAAAACCUGUUUUAAUUAUUUAAAACCCUCUAACUGAGCCCUUCAUCAAAAUCUAAAACUAUACCAGAGAAUAUAUAUUUGACCUUUAUCAACUUUUAGAAAAUUCACAUGUAAUUGGGAUUUGCAUUUUUCAGAUUUUUUUGGAGUAUUUAUGAAAAACCUAUAUUAAUGAUUUAGCCACUGUAAGUUCACAAAAUAAAAGCUAUACCGGGGGAAGAGGAUAUAAAAUCCCAAAAUAUUCCAAAUGGGAAAGUUUUAUCCUGUGUAAUGAUGGCAAAUAUUUUAAAUGUAGGACUUCAAAAUUAGUUAAUUAGAAAAAACCUGAUGGAGGACAAAAAUGUAUGCAGUACCACUCAGUCUAUUUUUUGUGCUGCCUUCUUCUAUUUGGUCCCUUUAGUUCCCUAAGAUUUUCAAUUUUUUAAAAGUUGCUUAAAUCAUAUUUGUCAAUAGCUCCCCAUUAUGGCAUGAUGAACACAGUCAUUAGACCAUUUUAAUUUCUUAAUAAAAAUUUUGAAUGAUUG